CUUUUGUGGUACCGUGGCAAGUGGUAAGGGGGCUAAAGCUAAUCCUUUUCUAAUUAAUCAAGCUGCCUCAGAGCGGAGUUGAGACGAUCCCUUUGUGAUCUCCGUCUCGGCCAAAUGAGCAGCUACCAGAGACUCCCUCAAGAAGCCUACCCUCCUCCAGGGUACGGAUCUUACGCUCCGCCACCUGGCUACCCAUCGGCGCCACUGCAACCACACGAAGGGUACCCUCCACCGCCGCCACCUGGGUAUCCAGGAUUCCCUCCUCCGCCACCGGCGCCGCAGCAAUGUCCGCCAUAUCAAGGUUAUCAGGGUUAUUUCAAUAACGGGUAUCCACCACCACCUCCUCCUCCCCCAACUUACCAACACCAUCACUGCGAACAUCAUUAUUACGAUGGUUCCACCGGUUGCGCCUCAUUCUUGCAAGGCUGCUUGGCAGCUCUCUGUUGUUGCUGUGUGCUUGAGGAGUGUUGCUUUUUCUGAUGAUCAGUUAUAGCUCUCUGGAGAAAUGUUGCUCGAUGGUCUGAUUGAUAUGUGUGGGAUCUGAUGAGUCUUUGGUCAUUCAUGUAAUUCUUCUUGGUCUUUCAACCCCCUCCCCUUUUCAUCCAACUCUUGUGUGCAUAGGUUCGUGUUCUGGUUUAUGGAAGUCUCACUGAAUGCACAGUGAUAUUUGGAAAUUUAAACUGUCUAAAAUUCACAGGAUAACAGCUAGAGGUGUGGUUAUAGAUUGUUCUUAUCUUUAUCAACCAAUCUCUUUCCAUCGUACUAGACUUGACAGUUUUAAGGUAAUUUAAAGGGAAAAUAUUAUUUUUGAUCCCUGUACUUUUCUCAAA